AUGGCUUCAUCAACAUCGGCCUCGCGUCGAGAGAACAUCACCUUUGCCUCGGGCGACGACGUGUGCGCGGGAUGGCUCUAUCGACCCACGGCGCCUCCUCUCGCACCCGCCUACGGCUCGAUCCCUUCGAGUCGGAAGAGCAAGUACCCUGCCGUCGUGCUGGGUCACGGCAUUGGCGGGAUCAAAGAGUUUCAACUCGAUGCGUAUUCGGAACGCUUUGCCGAGCUGGGCAUCAUCUGCGUUGCGUUCGACUAUCGACACUUUGGCGAGAGUGGAGGUCAGCCUCGACAGCUGCUCGACAUUGGACUCCAGCAGCAGGACUGGAGAGCGGCGAUUCGGUACACCAAGCAGCUCGAGGAGGUGGACGAGACGCGAGUGGGUCUGUUUGGGAGCAGUUUCGGUGGUGGACAUGUGAUUCAUACGAGCAGUGAGGAUCACACGAUCAAGGCGGUGAUCGCGCAAUGUCCGUUCACGUCCGGUUUCCAUUCGGCUCAAACGGUAGGCGUCUUGCCACUGUUCAAGCUGGCAGGACUGGGGAUUUGGGAUCUUGUCUCGAAAGCGACGGGGUACGGCGUGAUUCCGGUCCCCUUGGCAGGCAAGCCUGGCGAAGCGGCGCUGAUGAACACGCCUGACGCGAUGGACUACGAAAAGAUCAUCCCGCCCUUCUACCUGGCGCAGAAGGACAAGCUCGGUUGGGUCGCAGCUCGCUUCGCGCUCAACAUCGGCUUCUACAAUCCAGGAUGGAAGACGGCAGACAUUCAAUGCCCCAUCCUGUUCGGCGUCUGCGGAAAAGACUCGGUCGCUCCACCAGGACCGACGAUCAGGUACGCCGCAAACGCUCUGCAUGGCGAGGUCAAGGUGUACGAUGACAUGGGUCAUUUCGAUUGCUACGUCGGCGAGCCCUUUGAGAUCGUCACCAAGGACUACUGCGAUUUUCUCCGUCGCAAUCUGUAA